AUGGUGCAGAUUCUUAGAGACAUGGAUGAAUUUAAAACAUUUUUGAAAGCUGCCGGACACAAACUCGUGGUGGUUGAAUUUUCAGCAAAAUGGUGUGGUCCCUGCCAAAGGAUAUAUCCCAUUUAUCAUGCCUUGGCUGAAAGCUGUAACGUCAAAGCAAUACCCACAUUUCAGAUGUUCAAGAAAAACCAGAAGGUAACCCUAUUCUCAAGAAUCGAAAGAAUAAUUUGCUGUUACAGAAGUGGAUUCAAGGUCAAGCAGAUUUAUGAAUUUUGUGGAGCUGAUGCUAAAAAGUUGGAAGAGAAGAUUAAACAACUAAUGUAA